AUGUGGACUAUGAUUCGCCUGACUGCGAUAAGCGCCCUGUAUUUCUCCGUCUCACUGUUCGAGGCCUUCGUGUCGUCCCAUGGCAAAUACGAGAGGUCGCUGGUGCCCCGGGCCGCCUCCCGCCUGGUGGCCCGCAUGGACGGCGACAUCAUCAUCGGGGCCCUCUUCUCCGUCCACCACCAGCCCUCCACGGAGAAGGUGGCGGAGAGGAAGUGCGGCGAGAUCCGGGAGCAGUACGGCAUCCAGCGGGUGGAGGCCAUGUUCCACACCCUGGACCGCAUCAACGCCGACCCCAACCUGCUGCCCAACAUCACGCUGGGCUGCGAGAUCCGGGACUCGUGCUGGCACUCGUCGGUGGCGCUGGAGCAGAGCAUCGAGUUCAUAAGGGACUCUCUGAUCUCCAUCCGGGAGGACCGCGACGGGUCCAGGUGGUGCAUCGAGGGAGUGCCGUCCAGCCAGCCGCCACCCUCCAAGAAGCCCAUCGUGGGGGUCAUCGGGCCGGGUUCCAGCUCGGUGGCGAUUCAGGUCCAGAACCUUCUGCAGCUCUUCAACAUCCCGCAGAUCGCCUACUCCGCGACCAGCAUUGACCUCAGUGACAAGACGCUGUUCAAGUACUUCCUGCGGGUCGUGCCCUCCGACACCCUUCAGGCCCGGGCCCUGCUGGACAUUGUCAAACGCUACAACUGGACCUACGUGUCGGCCGUGCACACCGAAGGUAACUACGGGGAAAGCGGGAUGGAGGCCUUCAAGGAGCUGGCCUCUCAGGAGGGCCUGUGCAUCGCCCACUCUGACAAAAUCUACAGCAACGCUGGAGAGAAGCACUUCGACAGGCUGCUGAGGAAACUACGAGAGCGGCUGCCCAAGGCCCGCGUGGUGGUCUGCUUCUGCGAGGGCAUGACGGUCCGCGGCCUGCUGAUGGCCAUGAGACGCCUGGGUGUGGCCGGAGAGUUCCUCCUGAUUGGCAGUGACGGCUGGGCAGACAGAGACGAGGUGGUGGAGGGGUACGAGCAGGAGGCGGUGGGCGGCAUCACGGUCAAGCUGCAGUCAGAGGACGUCACCUCCUUCGACAACUACUUCCUGAAACUCCGUCUCAGCACCAACACCCGCAACCCCUGGUUCCCUGAGUUCUGGCAGUACCGCUUCCAGUGCCGGCUCGCUGGACACCCGCAGGAGAACACCAACUACGCCCGGAACUGCUCAGGUUAUGAAAGCCUGGAGGACAACUAUGUUCAAGAUAGCAAGAUGGGAUUUGUCAUCAAUGCCAUCUAUGCAAUGGCCCACGGGCUGCACGACAUGCACAGUCACCUUUGCCCCGGACACGUGGGGCUCUGUGAUGCAAUGGACCCGGUGGAUGGGAGUCACCUUUUAGACUUUCUGCUGAAGACGUCCUUCACAGGCGUGUCUGGAGAGGACAUCUGGUUUGACGAAAAUGGAGACUCGCCCGCGCGGUAUGAGAUCAUGAACCUGAAGUAUAUUGAGCCAGGGGUCUUUGACUACAUCAACAUCGGCUCAUGGCACGAGGGCGUCCUUAGCAUCGAUGACGACCUGAUACAGAUGAACCUCAGUGAGAUGGUGCGCUCUGUCUGCAGUGAGCCCUGCUCCAAGGGCGAGAUCAAGGUGAUCAGGAAGGGGGAAGUGAGCUGCUGCUGGAUCUGUACAGCCUGUAAGGACAACGAGGUCGUCCAAGAUGAGUUCACCUGCAAGGCCUGCGAGCUGGGCUGGUGGCCGGACGUUGAGCUGGAAGGCUGUGAGCCCAUCCCUCUUCGGUAUCUGGAAUGGAGCAAUCCAGAAUCCAUCGUCCAGGUGGUCUUCUCCUGCCUGGGAAUCCUGGUGACGUCGUUUGUCACCUUCAUCUUUGUCUUGUACCGCGACACACCUGUGGUCAAGUCCUCCAGCCGGGAGCUCUGCUACAUCAUCCUGGCCGGCAUCUUCCUCGGGUACCUCUGCCCUUUCACCCUCAUCGCCCGCCCCACUGUUGCCUCCUGCUACCUCCAGCGGCUCCUGGUUGGACUCUCCGCCGCCAUGUGCUACUCCGCCCUGGUUACCAAGACCAACCGCAUCGCCCGCAUCCUAGCAGGCAGCAAGAAGAAGAUCUGCACCAGGAAGCCGAGGUUCAUGAGCGCCUGGGCCCAAGUGGUCAUCGCCUUCAUCCUGAUCAGCGUCCAGCUGACCCUGGAGGUGACCCUCAUCAUCAUGGAGCCUCCUGAGCCCAUCAAAUCCUACCCCAGCAUCAGGGAAGUCUUCCUGAUAUGCAACACUAGUAACGUGGGCAUGGUGGCUCCUUUGGGCUACAACGGCCUCCUCAUCAUGAGCUGCACAUACUACGCCUUUAAGACGCGCAACGUGCCCGCUAACUUCAACGAGGCCAAGUACAUCGCCUUCACCAUGUACACCACCUGCAUCAUCUGGCUGGCCUUUGUCCCCAUCUACUUCGGCAGCAACUACAAGAUCAUCACCACCUCCUUCUCCGUGAGCCUCAGCGUGACAGUGGCCCUGGGCUGCAUGUUCACACCCAAGAUGUACAUCAUCAUCGCCAAGCCCGAGAGGAACGUACGCAGCGCGUUCACCACCUCGGACGUGGUGCGCAUGCAUGUGGGCGACGGCAAGAUGGCUUACCGGAGCAAUAGCCUGCUCAACAUGUUCAAGAGGAAGAAGACCACGGGAAAUGGAAGUUCUAAUGGAAAGUCUGUAUCAUGGUCUGAACCAGGUGGUGCAAGACAUCCUCCAAAAGGGGAUCACAUGUGGCACAGACUGUCAGUGCACGUCAAGAGACAGGAGGCAGGCUCCAAUCAGAUGGCUGUCAUCAAACCCUUAACUAACACCUACCAUAGCACUGCCCUGGAGUUCUCCGACCUCAGCACCAAGACUUUGUACAAUGUGGCUGAGGAGGACGAGAGCGACAUCAGCAGAUACAACCCUCCUGUCACGUCCCCCAUGAUGGCCCAUGGGCAGAUGCCCGCGGCCGGGCCGGUGAAAGAAGCGGGUGUGGUGGCCGAGCUAUAUGCCCCCGAGUCCCCACAGCCAAACAGUAUUAUCCCCCAACAUCUCACCAUGGACAGUCUGCGGGAGGAGGAAUUUGAUGUGGGCAAAUUUAGCGCCACCCUCCCUGGCAUGGAUGAUCUGGUUAUCAUACCGGAGGCUAGUGGCGCCGUCCUACCUGUGUACCACCAGGUGCACCCCGUUCAGCCACAUCCGGUCCUUCCCCUUCAGCUUCACCCUUUCAAUGAGGAGUCCCGCUCCCCUUUGGGAGAGGAGGAGGAAGAGGAGAUAGAAAAUGAGCAGUUCGGCCUCCUUCAUGGGUACAUGUACGACAAUGCCCAGAUUCAUGAGGAGGACGAGCUGAUCCAGGUCAAACUGGCCAUGGAUGAGCCGCUGGCUCUGAUGCCCCCCCCUUCCCCAUUCCGUGAUUGCUUGGGCCCGCCGGUGAGCCCCUUCCCAAACUCACCCAUGUCCGAGUCCAUUCUGUGCACACCUCCAAGCGUUACAUAUGCCUCUGUCAUCCUCAGAGACUACAAGCAAAGCUCCUCAACGCUGUGA